AUGAGUUGCCAGCAGAGCCAGCAGCAGUGCCAGGCCCCUCCCAAAUGCCAGAACCCAAAAUGUCCUCCCCAGGUCUCUGCACCAACCCUUGCUCCAUGCCCACCCCCAGAAUCUUCCUGCUGUGAACCAAGCUCAGGUUGCUGCUGUGUGACAGGCUCUGGGGCCUGUUGUGCAUCUACCUCUGGAGGUUGCUGUAAUUCUGGUGCUGGGACAGGAGGUGGUUUUUCCCUGUUUCCCCAUCGGCCAUGGAGAUCCUACCGAUUCUGGAAUCUGAGAUCCAGCAGUGAUUGCUGUGGGAGUGGAGGCAAUCAGCCAGGCUCUGGGGGCUGCUGCUAA